CUUGCCUUGGCAGAAUCAGAGACGCCACUGGCUGACAUAGCCAUGGACCUCCUCCGCUUGGUCAUGAUGGAUCAUUGGAGCUGGCUGUGCACCGAGAACAUGCAGAAGGUCCUGCACUUGCUCUUUGGGACCCUGAUCCAAAGGUGGUUAGAAGUGCAAGUCGACAACCUGACUUCCACUCAACGCUGGGUCCAGUACCUGCGGUUGCUUGAGGAGUCAAUUUGGCCCGGUGGAGUCCUGCCAGGGGUGCCCAAGCCCCUCCGAACACAGGAGCAGAAGGCAGAGGUGGAAAAGCAGGCCUUGCAGACUCUCAUGGGGAUCUUGCCUGAAAUAAUCCUAGAACUUCUUGGAACUGGAAAAUGUCAAGAAAGCUGGAGCCUGGUGCUGGAAUCCAUGCAGCACCCCAUCAUAAACAGACACAUAGUCUACUGUCUCUCAGACAUCCUGUUGGAGUUUUUGAUCCCUGAGCUCCAAGUGGAUAAACCCCAACUGGUAGCUGUUUCUGUCUGUGGUGCUGGUGAGAGACCUAGCUUUUCAUCACACUAACGUAGCCUGGUGCUGCCGGCAGCCAAGGAAAAGACAAUUUCAAAAGCAUUGAUUCUUUGACGUUUCGUGUCCACUGCAUUGAGCCAAGGGCUGCUGGAGAAAGCCUGUGAGACAGAACUUCUUCCAGCAAUCGCUGGAUCCACCUGUGGUCCGACUGUCUUGUCUUGUACUGUAAAAAGAGUUUCCAUUCCACAACUCAAAUGCACUUCAUGGUUAGAAAACGCCUUCUCUUUGAAGAGGUGAAUAACCUGCUUUAAUAGGACAACUUUCCCACUGAUGUUCCCGGAUAGGUGUAAUGUAACAUCCUGCAUAUCUUUUCCGACUGUUGUCUGCUUUGAGAGCUGAAAACUCAGUGCACAUAUAGAUGGGCAUUCUUUGUCAUGCUCUCUGUUGGCAUAUAUUUCUAAUUAAGAGAAGAAAGGCAACUUUACCUGUUUUAGUAAAUAAACUUGUCAUCCCUC